UUGCCACAAUGUUGUUCUUAUUAAAAUAAAAUUCCAUACAUGUAAAAUAACCCGCAUACAUUUUUGAAAAGCAAAAAAAAAUAAAUAAUGUUAUUAAGUUACGGUCGUAGUGGUACGUGAAAAUUUGCAGACUGAGAAUAACAGUGAGAACCGAGUUUAGUAUGUUACGGGUAUAUAAAAAGAUUGAAACCACUGCAUCGAGGCGAUAGCGAUUGCAAUUUGCAGGCAGACACCUCAGUAUCAAGUGGUCUAUUGUUGUGUUUUGUGUACAUACAUUCCUAACUACAACAUCAUGACUGGAGUCGUCUAUGACGAUAACUUCAUCACACACAAAUGUUUAUGGGACGAAAACUACUCAGAGAAUCCACAGCGAUAUACAUCUGUACUAGACCGAUGUAAUUCAUUGGGAUUGAUCGAUCGGUGCAUUAAAAUAUCAUCACGACAAGCCACCAAAGAAGAAUUACUGUCUAAACAUACGGUUAAACAUAUUGAUUUAUUAGAAAGUACAGAGCAGUACAAUGAUGAACAAUUGGAAAAAUUGUCUUCAAGAUAUGACUCAAUAUAUGUGCAUAAUUCGACUUACAGACAAUCCCUCCUUGCAGCAGGUAGUUCAAUUGAACUAGUCAAAGCAGUUGUAGAUGACCGUAUACAAAAUGGAAUGGCCUUUGUUCGACCUCCUGGACACCAUGCCAUGGAAUCUGAAUACAGUGGUUAUUGUUUUAUCAACAAUGUUGCAAUAGCUACUCAAUAUUUAUUAGAUAAAACAGCUAUCCAAAAAAUUCUUAUUGUCGACUGGGAUAUUCACCAUGGUCAGGCUACUCAACAAAUGUUUUAUGAAGACCCAAGAGUGUUAUAUUUUUCUAUUCAUCGUUAUGAGCAUGGACAAUUUUGGCCAAAUUUAAGAGAAAGUGAUUUUGAUCAUGUAGGCAAUGGUAGUGGUACUGGUUUCAAUGUGAAUGUUCCACUAAAUGACACUGGAAUGAAAAAUGAAGAUUAUAUGGCUAUAAUACAUUACUUAUUAAUUCCUUUAGCAACUGAGUUUUCUCCAGAUCUCAUAAUUGUUUCAAGUGGAUAUGAUUCAGCUAUUGGAGAUCCCAAAGGUGAAAUGUUGGUUACUCCAGCGUGUUAUGCUCACAUGACACAUAAACUGAUGAGUCUUAGCUGUGGUAGAGUAGUUGCCAUACUGGAGGGAGGGUACUACUUGAAGAGUUUGGCUGAAAGUGCAGCAUUGACAUUAAGAGCAUUACUGGGAGAUCCAUGUCCAGUCAUUGGGUCAUUAAAACAACCGUGUAAAAGUGUAAUGGAAACCAUUGGUAACGUGAUUUAUGCUCAUAGACAUUAUUGGGAUUGCUUCAAGUAUAAUAUUUUUUACAAAGAAAAUCUUCCAAAAAUUCAUUACAAUUUCUUUGAUGAAAAGCCAGAGAUAUAUCAGACAAGAAAUAUGUAUCCAAAAAUUGAUACUACAGAUUUUGAUAUAAUAUUAAACAAUAUUAUUACAGAGACCAACCUAUUCAAUCCAAAAAUUAGAGUUGGAUUAAUAUCCAAAGUGAUUGAGCUUUCAAACAGCAAUUUUAAAAAUAGCGAUAUCUAUCAAUAUUUAAAAUCAAAAAUUGGAAAUUUACAUGUCUUAAAGGAACGCCAAUUUACAAUUGAAGAAUUUAAUAUAGUUUAUUCAUUCGAGUACAUCAAAGAAAUAUUGAAUAAACAGAAAUAUAUUGACGAAGAAAAGUGUACUAUCAAAAAUAAUAAUGAAUUCAUUCAAGAUAAUCCUAUGUUUCAUACAUUUUCUUUUUCUGUUGGACCACUAUUGCAGAUUAUUGAUUCAAUAUUUUCAAAUGAAAUUAAAUCUGGGAUAUUUGUAUCAUCAAUUUCAAACUUAAGUAAAAAUGAUGUCUCAUGUUCUUUAAAUACUUCCAUAAUCGGUGCCAACUAUGCCAUAAAAAAAUAUUACUUGAAAAGAAUAUUAAUAAUUGAACUGAAUGAAAAUGUUACACAAAUAUACUCUAAUGACCAAAUAUUAGUUAUUUCAAUGCAUAGCUUAUUAAAUAGCUCAAAAGCUAUAAAUGGAAACAAUCACAUCAAUAUUUCAUGGUCAAAAAAAAUAUUGAAUGAAGCAGAAUUUACAACAAUGGUGCAACAUCUGAUUUUACCAAUUGCUUAUGAAUAUAAUCCUGAAUUGAUAAUUGUGUCCUCAAAGUUUUACUCUAAUAUAAAUAAUAACAUAAACGGUAUACAAAUGACUCCUAUCAUGUGUGGAUAUCUUAUUCAAUGGUUAAGUACUUUGGCUAAUGGAAGACUUAUAUUAUAUGAACAAGAUGCACACAAUAAUUCAAUAUAUAGAAACAAAUGUUUAUUACAGUGCUCUAAAGCUUUACUUGGUGAACCAAUAUCAAAAUUACGCGUUACAAAUUUAAUGAAUUUUGAAUCUAAAGAUAUUCUACUAAUCAAUAUAAAAAAUCACAAAAGUAAUUGGAAAUCUUUGCAAUUUUAAAUAAAUAUAACAAUGUAAGGCUCAUAUUUUUAAUUCUAAAAUAUGUUUGGCAUGGUUUCCAAAUUAAUCGAUUUAUAUAUUAUUAUGUUCAUAUUAUGAAUAACUAAAUUAUGUAUUUACAUAAUGAAUAAAAUAGUUUGAUAAUAUAUUAUUAUUAUUUUUUUAUUUCAAAAGAAAACAAGAUUAUUUUUCAAUGCAUUGUUUUAUUUAUUAAAUAUACAAUCAAUUAAAUAAACAUAAAAUUGUAUUUAUGAAACAUAGUAAAUACUAAAUUAUUAGUGACCAAAAUUAAGAUACCUACCUAAAGCUUAAGAAUAAAUAUUGCACAAUUGAGAAUUUGAAAAAAAAAUAUCACAUACA